AUGCCUUCACUCAAUGGAAUUAGCAUCUCAAUUGUUACGACAUCCAACUUUUCAAAACACGGCUUUGGAAUAUUCCCCGAAUUUCCUCACCCAGAAUGCCCACAAUUCACAAGCCAAUACUGGCCGCGGCGUCCAUUCAAAUGGAAACAAGAAGAGCCAAAAUCGGAGCCACCAGACCAGACGACUCCAUCGCGGGAGAGUAAGCUAAGCCAGCGGACAGACAAAGAAGUUAAUAGCAGCGUAUAUAUACCAUCGGCUCCAGACACACGAUUCUGGAUAAGAUAUCGCAUUCUCGCUCAAGCAGCAGAAUGCAAAUAUUACUUUUUCAAGCUGGUCAUGAACGGUAGAGAAAUCACCUCUUGGGGCUGCAAGUCGGGUUCGCAAGUUGAUGGACAGGUCACACGGGCUUUGUUCGAUCCGGAAUUGACAGAAGCAAACUGCUACAGCGAUGAAGCGACUGGGAUUAUCUAUAAAAAGAUGGGUUUGGAAAAGCGCGCUUUUCUUUUCAUGCCAGAGCCAGAAAGAAUAGACGGCCAGUCUUUCGUGGCUGCUGAUGGCGGACUCAUUGAGAUUCAGGUCUAUCGAUCCUCACACAGGGUACGGAAAAUGCAAGAUCCUACAAUCUACAAGAGUCAGGAAAGUUAUGGCAUAAGCCUGAAAAGCGCAAAACAUCUACUGGAAGAUCCACAUCUAGCAAAAUAUUUCGAAUAUCUCCUUGUCGAUCCACUCGACAACCCAUACUCCGUGUUCAAAUUUCAUUACCGAUCAUGGGACAGCUUAAUCGACCUGAAUCUCGUCUCGGAAGACUCUGAGCGUAGGUUACUUCCACUUUCACCUAGCAUAUGGAACCUGUUUGGCCGGUCGCAACUUUUGGAGAGAUAUCUAGCACAAGACAUAUUUGACAAACUUGAGGCUGAUGAGCGAAGGAUACCUGGUAGGGUUCCGUUAACUCACGAAACUCUGUGUAGUGUUCCAGCCUCAGAGUCUCCGCGCGAGAAACAAAGAGGGAAGUUUAUGGGAGAGCUCCGGUCGAAUGAUUCCGACGCAGGCAAUUCUUAUAUGUCUGUGGACAGUACAAAAUUUGACGGCGAUCACAAUGAUGGGCAAGUAAAAGCUUUACUUCCUUACGAGGAGGUUAUCCAGGCGGAAACUGCCUCAACAGGUGGACACAGUGGUUUAGAUGAUCAUCCAUCUCCCGAACCUAGCGAUGAGGUGGCCAAGGAUCAAGAUUCAGACCAAGAAGUCGAACCAAAAGACAUCUCCAAAUCAAAGAAACUAGCAUCACGUCCUUCAACGCCGUACAACACUUCUCAGGACGCCAUCGAGCCUGACAGCGCAGCUCUCGAUAUCCUACCAAAACCAACUUUCUUCACAAGAGCAAGAAACUUCUUUAGCAGCAAUAAACAACCUCCAGCGAAGAAAUCUAUGUAUAUGCAGAGCGUAGUCGACAUAAACCCCAACGGAAAUACAUCAGACGACGUUGCAAUGAUACCCUCCAUCCCGCAAAUCGAUCCAUUCGACGAAACUCCACCCAAGAGAAAACCCAUUGGAGAUUCCUCACCCAUACGAAAGCUCUCCACAGACGACAUUCCCAAUCUCGACCCACCAAACAUCAUAGAAGAAUCCCGUCACCCAGACGUAGCAGCAUGGCUCAACGACCCGCAGCUGCCAAAUUCUUUUCAAAAUACAAAUCCAAACGACUCAUCACCCACCCCGAAACCUCUCUCAAGGAAUAGCAACUCAACUCAACAACCGCUCCACGAGCCCCUCUCUAUCGACUCAUCACCAACACCCAAACCACUUUCACGCAACAACAACUCCCAACGACCUCUCCCCCUCCUCCCUGAACGCGACGCCUCAUCCAAAACACUCCGCCGCACCGCAACAGGCAUAUUCCGCUCCGCGCCCUUAAAAGCACCAGACACGAGUGCCCAUCAAGACGAGCGUGACUGGUCACCUGCGAUUUCCCACGACAUCAGAAACACCGAAACACCCGCUCGUCCCCGCGCUGAUUCCCUCACCAAAACAAAAACACCACAGCCCACUGAUAACCUCCGUCCCAACACCAACGUCGAACGCCGGGAUUUCUCAAACCAAUCAUCAACUUACAGCAUCCCCAUCAUGAUAGACAUAAAAUCCAUCACCCCAGAAAUACGACAACCUAUUACCCCUCCAGUCUCGCGAUUCCAGUCUGCUGGCUUAGAUACAAAACCUACUCCCACCACUCCGCACCCUAACUCCUCGACUCCAAAGCCUACCACCAUAAUCCCAAACCCCACCACAUCCCCUCCCAAACCAACACCGCAAACCGAAAAAGCACUCCCCUCCAUCCCCACAUCCUCACCUAAUACAGCCACAGAAGCAACAACACCGAAGAGUUAUUUCUCGCCUGAUAGUCAGAAGGGGCGGAGGGGGUUGAGGGGGUCGUUGAAUGUGUUUAUGAGGAGGGGGAAGAAGGAGAAGGAGGCGGGUGGUGGGUGA